AUGGAGGAGUCCCUGCGGCAGCCGUGGCCACCGAGGGCGGCAGCUGCACAGCCAGGGCGCUGGGAGCAGCGACGCAAGGCUGGUCUGCAUGCACGGUGUGGGCAGCGCAUGCUUUACAUAGAUGAAGCUUUGGCCCCAAACGUGCCCGAGGUCACCAGCUCAGACGUGGAGGAAGCGGGCAGUUUGGAUCUGGAAUCUGUGCUCUCAAGCAUCAUGCUAGCUGGAGCCGCAGGUGGCGGGGCCCCCGAGCCUGGCCCAGGGCUGGCCCCAGGAGAGGUGCCCAGCGCCCACCUGUUGGCCGACGGCCCAGCUGGUAAGGAGCAGAACGAGCGUCUGCAUGUGGCUCCCUCACCCCCAAGCUGGGCGCUCGGGGUCCCACAGGCCCCCGGGCAGCAGACCAGAAGGGGGCUAAUGGAUACCUUUGCUGAUGUCCAGGUCUCUGUAGCUGAUUGCCCUAAUUUGACUAAGGAGCCAUUUACCUUUCCUGUAAAAGGUAUCUGUGGGAAAACUAGAAUUGCAGAAGUAGGAGGUGUGCUUUACUUAUACUUACUUACAAAAAAAAAAGUUUAUGAUCUGAAUAAAAUCGCAAAAGGAAUCCAGCUUCAUGGAGAUUUUGUUUUUGGAGCAGGAGCAGGCCCAUUUCAGACUCUUGGAUUCAAUUCUGAUUUUAUGCCAGUUGUUCAAACGGAAAGUGAACACAAACCUCCUGUGAAUGGAAGUUACUUUGCUCAUGUUAACUCUGCAGAUGGAGGGUGCCUACUAGAGAAAUACAGUGAGAAAUAUCAUGAUUUUGGGUUUGCAUUACUGGCUAAUCUUUUUGCCAGUGAAGGCCAACCUGGGAAGGUCAUUGAGGUGAAAGCCAAAAGAAGAACUGGAAAACUUAACCUCGUGACUUGUAUGAGACAGACUCUUGAAAAACAUUAUGGAGAUAAGCCUGUAGGAAUGGGAGGUACUUUUGUGAUUCAGAAGGGAAAAGUGAAGACUCACAUUAUGCCGGCAGAAUUUUCUUCCUGCCCAUUGAACUCUGAUGCUCUAUCACAUUGA